AACAAGUCUGAGGCAGUGUUCCUGGUUUACCUCUCAGACUCCAGAAGAUGAAGGAAGAGGAGGACAGAGUCUCUUAUACCCAGCUGUGUGUCUAUGAAGAGUGACCGGUCCAUUGAUCAUCCUCUAGUCUUCAGUAAUGAACCUGGACCUGGCAUCUCAGAGGCUGAGUUCACUGAACCACAGCAAACAGAGAGCCAAGAUGAAAAAGGCGGACCUCCUUAAGCUUCUGGAAGAUUUAACAGAUUAUGAAUUUGAGAAGUUUGUGUGGUACCUGGAGAAUGAAGAUGUGGACGACAUCCCACCCAUCAAAAGAAGCAAGCUGGAGAAAGCAAAGAGGCAGGAUGCUGUAGAUCUGAUGGUGCAGAAAUAUGAAUUUGCUGAAGCUGUGGAGGUGAUGAAGAGCGUUUUAAAGGAGAUCGGCAGGAAUGAUCUGGUGGAGAAAUUGUCAAACAUCAGCUCAGGAGCAGAAGCACAUGGUGAUCUGCAGAAGGGUUUAGGUCUAUGUAAGGUCACUGUGAGGAGGAGAUGUCAAAAUGUGACUGAAACAAGUGAUGAACCAGGAGGUGAAACUUACUUCAACGAUAGGUUCACUGAGGUCUACAUCACAGAGGGAAGGAGUAACGAGGUUAAUAUUCAACAUGAGGUGUUGCAGCUUGAGACAGCUAAACUGGAGACCCUCCAUGACACUCCAAUCAAGUGUCAUGACAUCUUUGAAGCCUUACCCAACCAAAGCAAAUACAUCAGAGUUGUUUUGACAAACGGCGUCGCUGGUGUUGGAAAAACGUUCUCAGUGCAGAAGUUCUCUCUGGACUGGGCAGAGGACUUGAAAAACCAACAUAUCAGUCUGUUGAUUCUGCUUCCAUUCAGGGAGCUGAACUCGAUCAAAGAUAAGAAGUACAGUCUGAUCAUGCUGAUCCAGGUAUUUUAUCCAACAUUACAGCUCACAGCAGAGAAGCUCGCUGUCUGUAAAGUUUUGUUCAUCUUUGAUGGCCUGGAUGAAAGCAGACUUUCACUGGAUUUCAACAACAGUGAGGUCGUGUCUGAUGUCACACAGAAGACAUCAGUCAGCGUGCUGGUGACAAACCUCAUAGAGGGGAAGCUGCUUCCCUUGGCUCUCAUCUGGAUAACUUCCCGACCUGCAGCAGCCAAUCAAAUCCCUCCUUCAUGUGUGGACAGGGUCACAGAAGUACGAGGCUUCACUGACGCCCAGAAGGAGGAGUACUUCAGGAAGAGAUUCAGUGAUGAAGAGCAGUCCAGCACAAUCAUCUCACACAUCAAGACAUCCAGGAGCCUCCACAUCAUGUGUCACAUCCCAGUCUUCUGCUGGAUCACUGCUACAGUUCUGGAGGACAUGUUGAUUUCAGACCAGAGAGGAGAGCUGCCCAAGACCCUGACUAACAUGUACUCACACUUCCUGCUGGUUCAGACAAAGAGGAAGAAGAACAAGCAUGAUGGGGGACAUGAGACGAGUCCACAGGAGCUGACGGAGGCUGACAGGGAACUUCUUCUGAAGCUGGGGAGGCUGGCGUUUGAACAACUGGAGAAAGGAAACAUCAUGUUCUACCAGGAAGACCUGGAGCAGUGUGGUCUUGAUGUCACAGAGGCUGCAGUGUUAUCAGGAUUUUGUACACAGAUCUUCAAAAGAGAGAAACUCCAGAAGAAAGCAGUCUACAGCUUUGUUCAUCUGAGCGUUCAGGAGUUUCUGGCUGCAGUCUACAUGUACCACUGUUACACCAGCAGGAACACAGAGGUAGUGAAGGACUUCCUGGGAGAAGACUACAAACAUAGUGAAUCAAAAACAAAGUCUUUCCUUGAGUGGAUUACUGCUUUUUUCAGAAGAGAAGAUAACCAUUACCCAUCUCUGGAUGACUUCCUGAUGGGAGCCAUGAAGAAAUCUCUCCAAAGUAAAAAUGGCCACCUGGACCUGUUUGUCCGCUUCCUUCAUGGCCUCUCUCUGGAGUCCAACCAGAGUCUCUUCGGAGGCCUGCUGGGUCAGACAGAGAACAGUCCAGAAACCAUCCACAGAGACAUCAACAACCUGAAGGAGAUGAACAGUGAGGAUAUCUCUCCUGACAGAAGCAUCAACAUCUUCCACUGUCUGAUGGAGAUGAACGACCGCUCAGUACAUCAGGAGAUCCAAGAGUUCCUGAAGUCAGAGAACAGAUCAGAGAAGGAACUCUCUGAGAUCCACUGCUCAGCUCUGGCCUACAUGCUGCAGAUGUCAAUGGAGGUUCUGGAUGAGUUGGAUCUGGAGAAGUACAACACAACAAAGGAGGGACGACGGAGACUGAUCCCAGCUGUGAGGAACUGCAGAAAGGCUCGACUUUCUCGCUGCUAUCUCUCAAAGACUCACUAUGAAGUUGUGGCCUCAGCUCUGAAGGCCAACCCCUCCCAUCUAACAGAUCUGGACCUGAGCUACAACACCCUGACUGAUUCAGAGAUGAAGCUUCUGUGUGCUGGACUGGAGAGUCCAAACUGUAAACUGGAGACUCUGAGAUUGUGUGGCUGCAGUUUGUCAGACAUCAGCUGUGCUUCUUUGGCCUCAGCUCUGAAGUCCAACUCCUCCCAUCUGAGAGUGCUGGAUCUCAGUAACAACAAGCUGCAGUGCUCAACUGUGAAGCUGCUGUCUGAUCUUAAGGAGAGUCCACGCUGUAGUCUGGAUACUCUGAGAUUGGAUGACUGCAAUUCUUCAGAGACCAGCUGUGCUUCUCGGGUCUCAGCUCUGAAGUCCAACCCCUCCCAUCUGAGAGAGCUGGAUCUAAGUAACAAGAAGCUGCACGAUUCAGACGUGGAGCUGCUGUGUGAUCUUCUGAAAAGUCCAGACUGUAGACUGGAGACUCUGCUAUUGAGGUACUGCAGUUUGUCAGAGAUCAGCUGUACUUCUCUGGUCUCAGCUCUGAAGUCCAACCCCUCCCAUCUGAGAGAGCUGAAUCUGAGCUACAACAAGCUGCAGGAUUCAGACAUGGAGCUACUGUCUGAACUUCUGAAGAGUCCAGACUGUAGACUGGAGACUCUGAGAUUGAGGAGCUGCAGUUUGUCAGAGAACAGCUGUGGUUCUCUGGUCCCAGCUCUGAAGUCCAACCCCUCCCAUCUGAGAGAGCUGGAUCUGAGUGACAACAAGCUGCAGGAUUCAGGAUUGAAACUGCUGUCUGAUCUUCUGAAGAAUCCAGAAUGUAGACUGAAGUAUUUGAGAUUGAUAAACUGCAGUUUUUCAGAGACCAGCUGUGCGUCUCUGGUGUCAGCUCUGAAGUCCAACCCCUCCCAUCUGAGAUGGCUGAGUCUGAGUAAAAACAAGCUGCAGGUUUCAGACGUAAAGCUGCUGUGGGAUUUCCUGAAGAUCCCACACUGUAGUCUGGAGACUCUGAGAUUGCUGGGCUGCAGUUUAUCAGAGACCAGCUGUGCUUCUCUGGUCUCAGCUCUGAAGUCCAACCCCUCCCAUCUGAGAGAGCUGGUUCUGAGUAACAACAAGCUGCAGGAUUCAGGGUUGAAGCUGCUGUGUGAUUUCCUCAAGAGUCCAGACUGUAGACUGCAGACUCUGAGAUUGCGUGACUGCAGUUUGUCAAAGAUCAGCUGUGAUUAUCUGGCUGCAGCUCUGAAGUCCAACCCCUACCAUCUAAAAGAUCUGGAGCUGAGUUACAACAACCUGAAGCUUUCAGAUGUGAAGCUGCUGUCUGAUCUUAAGAAGAGUCCACGCUGCAGACUGGAGUUUCUGAGCUGGUGAUGAUCUCUGUCAGAGUGAGAGUGAACAUCCAAGAGUGUUGAGAGAGGAUCAGCUGGAUCCUGAUGAUCCAUCUGGAGUCUGGAUCUGGAUUUUGUCGUCUUCACUUAAGUCUCUUAACUGACUACAAACUGAACAGUUAUCUCUGGAUUUAGCUGAAGUCAGCACUUUACAGAUUUGUUCUACAUGAGCUGUUUGAUGUAAAUAAAGAUAAAAACAGGUGUUAUAAGUCAGACUGUGAGCCUGGGCUCAUAUUUAUCAAGCGUCUCAGUAUCACACUGAGAGUUAACGAGGACUAAAACUAAUGAAUGAAGCAGAAGAGAAUUGACUGUGACUUUCAGCAGGAGAAGGAUUACUGCUGGGAGAGAGUGAGACGUCGCUGUUUUACCACAGUCAGUGAUUUUGCAUGUAUAGUAUAGUACAACAAGCUUCAGCAUUUAAUUUGUAUUACUUUUACUUAUUAUUAUAAUUCUAUGUAUAGGUAUGUAUAUGUGUGUGGAUGUAUAUGUAUAUUUUUUGUAUAGGAGUGUGUAUAUAUGUAUAUAAAGACAUAUUUUGUGAGUGUGGAUUGUUGUAUCAUCUUUUCUCUAUGUUUUAUCUUGCCUAUGUAAAGCACAUUGUGACUUAUAUCCAAGAAAAGUGCUUUAUAAUCACAUUUUACUGACUUACUUACUUACCUGAAUUAGUCAAUAAAUUAAGCUAUGUUUUGCAUGAGUACGGCUUGUUUUUCUCUAACUUCACACUGAGUGGAGGGAAAUGAAUUAGUGUUGAUUAUCAGCACAGAUAAAUAUGGACCCUGCUCUUUGCUGUCAGGCCUCUGAUCAGCCCGUUUGAUAAAUCUUUAUCUUCCUUUAAAUCACUUUUUAAAACUCAUCUUUAUCCACUGAUCUACCAAUUAUAGUUUUAUAUGCUUUACAUCUUAAAUUUGAUUCCUAUGUGUGUUUUGCUGGUUUAUUUUCUUGCUGUAUGUUUGUUAGUUUUGUGUAAAGCGUUGUGUAACGUUGCUUUGAGAAGUUUUAUACACAUCUGAAGGGAAGGUGGUGGGAUGAUGGUGAUACUAAACAAAGACCAAAUUCUAAUGUUG